AGUAUUGUUGCGAUAAUGCGAUAUGUUAUGAAUAAUCGCAUAGGUAGCUACAUAAUAGGGGAACCGAGAGCGAGACCCCUAUUAAUAGACCUAAGUAAUAGAUUCCGUUCUGUGUUCCCAGUACUAGGCAAAUUACAUGGUCCUAACCUAGAUAGCUUGAUGUUCAGAUUCCGGGACUUCACUGUCAUUCAGAGGGGAUUAAGAUAUUUCUCUUCCAAGAUGCCCCUGGUAGGAGAUAUCAAGAUCAAAAUGGUGAAGAGAGAGGAGGAAGUAAUCCUUGACAUUAACACUCGUCUUGUGAAUGACAGGAUAAGUGCAAGUCAAAAUAUUUUAGACUUCAACUUUGACAUGAGUCGUGUCGAGCACAUGAGUAAAGCUAAAGACAUACCCAAAGGUAGCACAGGAGUUGUUUACUGGAUGUCUCGGGAUCAACGCGUUCAAGAUAAUUGGGCAAUGCUUUUUGCCGCAGCAAUUAGCACUGAAGACAAAUCCCUCCAUGUGGCUUUCUGUCUGUUCCCAACCAAGUUCCUAGAUGCUACUUAUCGACAUUUCUACUUUCUUUUGAAAGGUCUUGAAGAGGUAGAAAGGGAAUGUCAGAACCUAGGUAUUGGAUUCCACCUACUUCUAGGAGAAGCAAGAACUGUCCUUCCUGAAUUCAUCAAGAGUCAUGGUAUGGGGUGCCUUGUAACUGAUUUUGCGCCCUUACGUGUUCCUGAGCAAUGGCGAAAGGAUGUUAAAGAGGCAGUCCCAGGCAAUGUCCCCAUGUUCAUGGUUGAUGCCCAUAAUAUCAUACCCUGCUGGAUAACUUCAAAUAAGCUAGAGCAGGGUGCAAUGACUAUCCGUCCAAAGGUCCAUGAGAAGCUAAGCCACUAUUUAACCAAAUUUCCUCCAGUAGUGGCACAUCCUUAUAAAAGUAAAUUUAAAGUAGAGCCAGUUGAUUGGGUAGCGGCAGACAACACUUUAGAGAUUGAUCGCACUGUAGAACCUCUUGAAUGGGCUGUGCCUGGAACUAAAGCAGGGUUGCAGGUCCUUGAUGAGUUUUGUUUGAAAAGAAUGUUUAAAUAUGGAGAAAAGGCUAAUGAUCCAAAUGACAAUGCAAGAAGUGAGCUCUCUCCAUGGUUGCAUUUUGGUCAGGUUUCAACACAGCGUACUGCCUUGGAGGCUCGCAGGUACCGUGACCAAAUCAAGGAAGGAGUAGAUGCCUUUAUUGAACAGAUGGUAGUGAGACGGGAAUUGGCUGACAACUUUUGUUAUUAUCAAAAGAAUUAUGACAAUCUUGAUGGAGCUUUUCCAUGGGCAAGGAACACUCUUGAGUAUCAUAGGUUAGACAAGAGGCGCUACAUAUAUUCAAGAGAGCUAUUCCAUGAAGGUAGAACUCAUGAUGAACUAUGGAAUGCUGGACAAAUUGAACUCAUGAAGCAUGGCAAGAUGCAUGGUUAUGUGCGUAUCUACUGGGCAAAGAAGAUUCUUGAGUGGUCAGCCAGUCCUGAAGAGGGUUUAGCCACUGCAAUAUAUUUAAAUGACAAAUACAGCUUAGAUGGGCGUGAUCCAAAUGGCUAUACAGGUAUUAUGUGGUGUAUAUGUGGUGUUCAUGAUCGUCAGUUUCCAGAACGACCAAUAUAUGGCAAAGUUCGCUACGUUGGUUAUGAGGGGUACAGAAAACGAUUCAAUGUUGAUCUCUAUGUUUCAAGAUAUGGGGCAAGGAAGCACAGAUAUAAUCCUCCUUAUUGAAGAUAUAAUCCUCUUUAUUGAAGAUGAGAAAACUUUCAUUUCAUAUUUCACAGAAAAUUUUGAGUCAAGACACUUGAUUAAGCACAUAUGUGCAGAGGACAAUUUCUUCUGUUCUUUGGGAAAUUCUCAUCCGUCCUUCCUUUCAGAUGUUUGAUGGAAUCUCAGCAUUUGAUAUUCUUAUCGAUUCAUGUGUAUACUUACCAUAAGUACAUCAUCUGACAUCAUCUCAUUCAAU